GGGUUGAUAGUAGGAUGGCCUGGAAUCUGGAUAUGAGGGUGCCUGGACAGAGUGUCAGGCAUUGGGUGAGCUAGGGGCUGGGGUGUGAGGGUGCAGCAAUCUCCCAUGGAUCUGGAAAUUGGGGGUAGAAUGAAUUAGGGUCUUUGGGUACUCCAUUUUAAGCUUUUCUUACAUCCCUGUUCUCCAUCCCCAGUCUACUCUGCAUUCAUAUCCAGCCUGUUUUGUUGUUGUUUGUUUUUUGCCUCUGGUUUACACUGAAGUGCUCCCAUCAUGGGCGACACAGAGCCAGGGUCCCUCACAGUCACACAUUGCUUUGGCUUCCUGAAGGGUCCUGGUUUAGAGUCAGCUUCCUGUCUGGUCCCUUUCUUUCUGUUAGUCUAUCUCUGGAUUUCUGCUUUAUUCCGGAAGGGAUUUCUAUGCCCCACCCCCCUUAUACCUCUGGCACACUUGGCUCGUAGGAAACUCCAUUUCCUGGGUCAUAUCUUCCUUAUGUUGUUCCUUUCUACUAAAGUGGCCUGUGGCCUGUUGCACAACCUGGAUUAGUUUAGAACGCCCAUUCUUCAGUGAGCCUUCCUUGGCUCUAACCUUUACCCAACACUUGGACCUUGACAUAGGUCUGCUCUCUCCUUCAGUUGACUUGGCCUUAGUCGCUCCAUGUACAGCACACAGCUCUUGAGAUUAUGCACAGAAUCCUUUACCCUGUGGAUACUAGCUGCUUGUUGGAGCAGAUGCCACUCUGAUGGAGACUUCAGACCCCCUCUGCUGUCCUGGGGGGCCUGUAAGGUCACCUCUAGAGGCUCCAGGGUUUGAGCUCUUCUGCAUAGGUGGAACUGGAGACAUUUUUUUGGUAUAUGCAGGCAGAAGAGCACUUGAGAGGAAACCCUGGGGACAAACCCUGAGCCCACAGUGUUGUCCACACACUUCCCUAUCAGGACCUUGCCUUGAGGCUUUUCCUGGGGAUGGAAUCGAUUCCACCUGAGAAAUGAAUCUGCUCAAGACAAAGGGGGCUUCUCUGAGGCAGACAGCCUAUUGACCACAAGAUGCAGGCUUGAUACCGAGACGUGAUGGAUAAGGACAGAGCAAGAAGAAGCAGUGUCUCCCUCCUCUCUCCUGAAACAGGCAGACACAUGUGGGCCUCCAGAGGCUUCAGGAGGAACCUCCUAACAGUGCUGAGGAAGCGCACUAGUUCUCCCCAGAGCACCAGAGCCAAAGCAUGCACACAAGUGCACGCGCACAUGCACAUACACAUUUACACAUGCACACAGAUACAUCGCCUUGCAAGAGCGACAAAUCUUACAAAUCCGCGCCUGGGUGAUUUUGUCAUUUUACCAACACUAUAGGGUUCGCUUAGUUAAACCACCAUGGCAGAGCCUACUGCACAUCUAGGGUAUGAGAGACCACCUACGGGUCCCACCAUGCAAACCGUACCUCGUGGUACUGCUGACACGAUCGCACGCGAUUUUUAGAUCAUGGUAUUUAGUUAGCCAAAUGUAUCUAAACAUAAGAAUAAGAGCAAAAACUGUUAGACGUAGAUCAUCCUCAGAUGUGUUAUAGUUUUACGUGACCGAUGUAAUAUACACAUCCUGUUGUUGAUAAAAAUAAUCAAGUGUAGCACACUGCUACACAUAGUUAUGUAGAGGUCAAAUGCGCAUGAUAUACAGAUAGCUCGCACAGGUAUGUAAGUAAGAGAAGGUAGAGAGAGCUAGGUAGAUAGACAGAAACUUUGGACCUAUGUGAUAAAGGAGAUUGUGAAACCUCACAAUGCCCCAUGCCGAUUGGAGCACCGGGAAGCUGGUGGAGUAACAGUUUAGCCUAAGAACAAAGGUCCAAUGCUGGGUGAAGUGGAGUGUCAGAUAUAAACUCUGGAGUCUGAUAUCUGCGGGCAAGAGAAGCCAGGUGGCCAAGCUGUGACAGGGAAAUGAAUUUUCCCUUUCUCUGUCUCUUGUUUCACUUGUACCAUCCACACGGUGGAGGUCCCCUCCCACGGAAGAAGGCAUGAAGGAGAUGAUUGAGCUGGUGGCCACUUACCCCCAGGGCUUCCUGAUCUGGUUAGGCCCUGUAAUUCCUCUCAUCAAUCUGUGCCACCCUGACACCAUCCGAUCUGUCCUUAGCGCCUCAGCUGCGGUUGCCCCAAAGGACGACAUCUUCUACAGAUUCCUAAAACCCUGGCUGGGCGAUGGGCUCCUGCUGAGUGCUGGUGGCAAGUGGAGCCGUCACCGUCGCAUGCUGACACCCGCCUUCCACUUCAGCAUCCUGAAGUCCUACGUGAAGAUUUUCAAUGACAGCACCAACAUCAUGCUUGCCAAGUGGAAGCACCUGGUCUCAGGGGGUAUAGCCCAUCUGGACAUGUUUGAGAACAUCAGCCUCAUGACCUUGGAUACUUUACAGAAAUGUGUCUUUAGCUUCAACAGCAACUGUCAGGAGAAGCCCAGCCAGUACAUUGCUGCCAUCUUGGAGCUCAGUGCUCUGGCUGUGAAAAGAAACGAGCAGCUGCUUCUGCACAUGGACCUGCUCUACCGCCUCACACCUGAUGGGAUGCGCUUCUAUAAGGCCUGCCGCCUGGUACAUGACUUCACCGACGCCAUCAUCCAGGAGCGACGUCGCACUCUGCCUGGUAAUAGUGGUGAUGAUGUCAUCAAGGCCAAGGCCAAGGCCAAGACUUUGGACUUUAUUGAUGUGCUGCUGCUAACCAAGGAUGAAGAUGGAAAGGAGAUGUCAGAUGAAGACAUCCGAGCCGAGGCUGACACCUUCAUGUUUAGGGGACAUGACACCACAGCCAGUGGGCUCUCUUGGAUCCUGUACAACCUGGCAAAGCACCCUGAGCACCAGGAGCGCUGCCGGCAGGAGGUGCAGGAGCUCCUGAGGGGCCGUGAGCCUGAGGAGAUUGAGUGGGACGACCUGGCCCGGCUGCCCUUCCUGACCAUGUGCAUCAAGGAGAGUCUGCGGCUGCAUCCCCCAGUCACAAUGGUUUCCCGCUGCUGCACUCAGGACAUUUCCCUCCCAGAUGGCAGGGUCAUCCCUAAAGGUGUCAUCUGCAUCAUCGAUAUUUUUGGAAUCCAUCACAACCCUACUGUGUGGCGCGACCCUGAGGUCUAUGACCCCUUCCGUUUUGAUCCAGAGAACAUCCAGGAUAGAUCAUCUCUGGCAUUUAUUCCCUUCUCUGCGGGACCCAGGAACUGCAUAGGACAGACUUUCGCCAUGAGCGAGAUGAAGGUGGCGCUGGCGCUGACGCUGCUGCGCUUCCGCGUCCUGCCGGACGACAAGGAGCCGCGCCGGAAGCCGGAGCUGAUCCUGCGCGCAGAGGGCGGGCUGUGGCUGCGGGUGGAGCCGCUGAGCGCGGGCGCACAGUGAGCCGUUCACUUUGCCCUGGACUUCUCAGUAGGCCUUUGACUCUGCCUUUGUAGAUUGCGAAGCACAAACAGUGCUGUCAGCCUGCAAGCACCAGCUGCAAGAGAGGCACCCAGUGCCCAGAGUUAGGAAGUCCAGCUGCUUGAUUUGAGCCAAUGGUCUGUCUUCUCCUGGAUGAUCACAGGCUCUGAUGGUUAGGGUUCAUCCUCCUCUAGAGAGGCUGCACGACUCUGGGCAAUAGGGAGCCGGGCCGGAGGGGUGUGUGUGAUUCAGCAGGAGAGCGAGCAGUUGCAAGGGCCAGACUGAGACGCAGAUUCUCAGCUGCAAACACUUAGCACCACCUUGACCCCCAUUCUAAGCUCACGUGCCCAUCUUUUCUCACAUCGGAAUUCUGUUUCUGUGGGCUUUAAAUUACUAUGUGUAUUAAAGCUAACAAGCCAUCCUUUUGCUUUGUCUUUGAGGUGAUGCCUCACUGUGUUGCCCCGGGUCAUUCUCAAACUGCUGGUCUUAAAGGAAACUUUGCCUAAGCCUUCCAGCCAUCUACACUGCAGUCCUUGGGACAUCAUAGCAGGCUGGCCCAGGUUCUUAUGCGGUAUUCCUGACCCAGUGUGCUCUUGUGUCCAUUUUCGCUGGUAAGAGGAACUCAAGGAGGUGAAGGUCAUGGUGAUGGGUGGCCGGUAAAGCUAUAAAAUUUUCAGCGUUGUGGACAACCACAGCACGUGGCCUUGCUACUCUGGCUGGAGGUCCAGGACUGAGUGCCCUUUCAGGCAUCCUGCAGGACUAGCUCAGUAGCCUAGAGACGCAGCCCUUGCUCAGCACAUGUGGAGCUCUGAAGUCCCACAUUCAAACGACGCAGGGCAAAACAGAAAGCUGGGACUUCAAAAGACAUUUCAAAAAUGUUUAGUUUCCUCAUCUGGAAGCCACAUUUGUUUUCUUUGCCUUUAGCCUUAUUCCAAAUGUUUUUCUUAUUCUCAUCCAUUGAGUUCCAUUUACAGAAAGUAAACAGAAUAGGAAAAGAAUAUCUUUUAUUAUUUUAACAUGUGUAAUAAUCACUGGUAGCACAGUGUCACAAGAAUUUGUAAGAAUGAGAUCAGCUCUCCCCACAUAGAGAGCAAAGCCACUGCCUUGGAGCCGUGCUUAACCUUUAAUUGCCUAUUUAGCUUCAUGAAAUAAUCCUACUUGAAACAUGGCUAGUCACCUCACUUUUUAGCAUCUCCCAAAGAGGUAACUGGGUUUUUUGUUACCUCUUGAUGUCCAGGAGAUCAUUGCUCCCACUUUACAGGGCAACCCCAUUUUAACACCUAUUAUUUGUGUGUAUGUAGAUAUUUUAGGAAGCUUCUGUAGUAGUAGGUUUCCAUAGGAUGUUUUGGAAACAUCUUUAAUGUUAAUUAUCCCUUCCCAUAAUUCCUCAUCUACCUUGCUUUGAAAUCCCCUCACCAUUAAACUCUUCCCGUACCAUUAUUUCCCUUUAACUCUUCAUACUGCUUCAUUCUCCUGGAAAUCCUGCCUCCAUGGCUCCUUACUAAUUUCCUGACUUCUGUGGGCAUUCCACAUGUUUCUCAGCCAUUUGCCUUUUGUCUUUUGAGAGCCCUCUGUUCAGGUCUAUGCCCUAUUUUAAACUGGGCUGUUGGUUUUCUUGAUGUUUUUACAGGGAAUUUUUUGAAGUUAGACUGAAUGCGUUUUGUAUUAUGAAAUGGACAUGAGCCAAUAAAGACAAAAAGCGAUUUGAAA